AAAUCCCCCCAGCGGCGACUUCCUGUGGAUCUGGAAAGGCUGUGAUCCUCGAGAAGCCGCCGCUGGCGCGCAACCAGAGCAUUAGAGGUAGCGGAGGCGGCGGAGAGCAGUGCCGGAUCCGAAACCUGGACGAUGGACGGAGUUCGAGCCCCCCCCCCCCCUGUCCCGCUCGCCGUGGCGGUCCCUCCUCGUCGCCACCCCUCUCCUCGACUCGGCGGGACGAGGGGAGCAGGGGCAGCAGCCAGCCAUGCCUCGUCCGUCUCGCAUGGUGGCCCAAAUACGGCUUCCUCGUGCUCUGUCGGCGCCCGUCGACCUCGAUCCAGCUGGGGCAGGAGGAGCUCGAGCCGAGGAGCGUGGCCUCGAUCCGGAAUCGACGGAAGGAGGGGAGCAGCAGCCAUCACGCCUCGUCACAAAUCAUUCCCCGUCUCUUCUGUUUGCACCUCCCCCCAUCUUUUGGUGUUAGAAGCGGCCACAGGCUGCCGCCGGGGACACCUCUGCAUCAUCGUCGACGGAAUGAAGGGAGCAACGGCCACAACCGCCUGCUGCAGCGGUGCUGAGCGGCUGCGGACCUACAGCGAAACGGUGCUGGAUCGAUAUGUACUCCUCUGCCAGUCUUCUUCACGCCGCAAUUUACUCCUCCUUGCUGCACCUGAUCGAUCUUUUGGUUGCAUUGGCUAAAGCAUGCACUUUCGCAUGGUAUCGGAGUUAAGAGGUCUUGAGUUCAAGACCCGGCUGGCACAAUUAAAUUGCAGCCCACUUUCGCUCCACCUUUAGACCU